UCAUCUACCUCGUAUUAUCCAUCCAUCCAUCCGGAUCUUCCAUCUUCAACUCAAUUGCUCUUCGUCCGGGUCAAUUGCCACUCUUUCACAUUCAUAAUGGUUCUCCCCCGAUCAACGGCCUUCCGCGCCGCCUCAAUCGCCCGUUUGGCCCGUCCCGCAAGGUCCUUCCGCACUGCAGAGCUCCAGCCAUGGCAGCGCAUGUGGCAGCAAUCCAGCCGUAGGUCCUACGCUUCUGCGCAUGGCGCACACGGCCCAGCGAAGAGCAGCGACUUGCCAUGGGCAGCUAGUGGAGGCAUCAUGACCGUCCUCGGACUCUACAUCGUCGUCACCCAGGACACCGGCAGUGGUGAAGGCCAUGGUGACCAUGGUGAUCACCACGAGGAGAAGCACGAUGAGGCACCUGCAGAGGAAGCCGCCGAGGAGCCCAAAGAGGAGCCCAAAGAGGAGCCCAAGGAAGAGAAGAAGGAGGAGAAGAAGGAAGAAAAGAAGGAGGAGAAGAAGGACGACAAGAAAGAGGAGAAGAAGGACGACAAGAAAGAGGAGAAGAAGGAGGACAAGGAAGCGAAAAAGGAUGAGAAGGCUGCCGACCCUGCCAAAUCGGACAAGCCCGACGCAUCGAAAGAGAGCAAGAGCUCCAAUGAAACCUCUGGCAAGCAGCAAGGCCUCUCCAACGAUGAUACCGGUCACUCUACUCCUGUUUCCGAGAACCCAGAGAAGAGCUCCAAGGGUGAAGGUGUUGCCGAGACCGCAAAGCUCAAGGGUACCGUUUCCAGCGACCGACCCCAGGCCGAGAACAAGGACGAGCGUGGCAAGUCUGAGUCCGACAAGAACUAAAUCAUCAAUGCCGCAACACCUAUACUCCACCCUUUGUAGCCAUUAUUAUGAGUCGGUCGCCGUGGAAAGCUGCCGACUCUUGUACAGUGUAACGCAUCCAACAUCUUUAAUGCCACCCUCACGCUUAUCCACAUCCAAAAUGUGAUGGUCCGUUUUGCUUUGACUAGUUGUUGUAACUGCUGCGAGUUGCGAUGACUUGGAGAUUCAUUUACUCCAUACUCCGUACAUGCGUUCGACGUGAUGUCAAACCCCUGAUGAUUGCUAUUUUUACCGCCUCAGCUAUACUCCGUACAACGGCAGGCAAUAACGCAGGUGCAAAACAAGUC